UUUCAGGCUCCAAAAUGAGUUUAAUAGCGACCAAACGACGUCGUGCGUCGCGUUUGGCUCGAAGUCCUUUCUUCGAAGACGUCGAUUUUCUCAAAUUACUCUGACUUCCUGCUUCAGUGCGGCCGGUUUGAUAGGCUGUGUUGGCAAUUAGUGUUUGGCACAUUCCUGACGGAGCUAGAAGCUGUGGAAAACGACCACCACGGGACAUGAAACCAGCCAGGGUGAAGUUGUCAUUUGCCGUUUUAGUGUAUUAACAAAAUCGACCCUUGAGGCCGCUCCUCCAGGCUUUGAUGCCCGCACUCUUUGAAGCAGGUGGACAGACGCAGGCAUGAGUAGCAGUGGGACCAAAGAACCGUCUCCUGAGCCGAGCACUGCCCUGUCACCUCCUGCUCAGCGCAGGGGCCGGGGCCGGCCACGCAAACAGCAACAGGAGCCUGUUGGACCACCAACUCCAAAGCGACCGAGAGGACGGCCGAAGGGCAGCAAGAACAAAGGCCCCAAAACUGCACUGAAGAAAGUAGAGCCUGUUGGAGAGAGACGACCACGUGGGCGACCGAGGAAAUGGCCCCAGAAAGUAGUUCAAGGAGUGACUGAAGAGCAGCAGGGUCCUUCAGAGGAAGCUGAGGAGGGUCCUUCACACCUUGAGCCCUCGUCAUCUCAGGUUGCAGAGCAGGAGGAAGGGGAGUAGAAAGGACGCCUCUCUACCUACCUCAAGGUUGGCCUCAAACAAACAGGGGUUCAAUGUGACUCCUAUCUGUGAUGGGGAUUCAGGAACACCUACACACACAAACGCAAACACACAAUACAAAUCAUUGCAGACAGCCGUUUCUUCUCCCAGUAUCACACUUGGUUCACUGUUAGAGAUUAGUUUUAGCAUUGGAAGAAUUUGAUCAUUGGAUAUGGCAUUUUAGAUAAGUUCAGCAUCUUGAGAAAUGCAUUUUUCGCUUUCUUGGCAAAAGUCUUGGGGAGGAGUUGAUUUCCAUAUAACUGAAACAUUUAGCUACUAUUAGCUGCUAAUUAGCUUCGCCUAGCUCAAAGAAUGGAGGGAAACAGUCAGCCUAGCUUUGUCUACGGUAACAAAAUUCACCAAACAUCUCUCACUCUUUAACAUGUUACCAUCCCAUGUGUUUAUAACUGUAAAAACCAAAGUUGAUCAGACUAUUUACAGUUUUAACAGUUGCCAUAUGCCUUUAACGUCAAGAGGUGCUGGUGGUUGAUAUUGUUUAACUUCUGUCAAAGCAAGGCAACUGUUUCCGAGUCAAUGCCCUCAUCGAACAUGCUUUUUCAUGCAUUUUUUUAUCGAAACCUACAAAAAAGAAUAAGAGCAGUUUAUAUGCUUUUUCUAAUUGUGGCCUGCUAAUAACAGAAAUCCCCUAUCCUUAGCCGAACAAGGGUUUUGAAGUGCAGUAAACUUGCAUAUCUUUACCUUCAUAUACCACUGGACAAGGAUUGAAAAAGACAAAUGGUAUUGAAGAUUUAUAACUGGCAGCGUUUAGAGUGCGCCUGCAAAAAUGUAAGGCACUUAAGGCAUCUAAAAUGUGAGUUCCCUGUUGUGUUUUAGGAGCUUGCAAAAUGCUUCUGCCUUCAAAAACAACUGGCUCAAAAAAAAGGAAAUUACUUUUGCCGCAAAAAACAAGCGCUGUUUGAAUCCAGCCUAACUCCAGGCAAGAAAGCCAUGAAGAGUAUUUCCCAAAAUGUUCAACUUUUCUUUUAAAGACUUCUGCCUCCCUGAACCUCUCACUGUUUGUGUGAGUGUUUCUGUGUAUGUAUGUGUGUGUGUAUGGUGGCUGAGUGGAGAGGGGAAAGGGCUACAGGCUAGAUGAGGGGCGUUAAAGAAAGGAAACAAACUUAACCAGUUUAUUAAAACAUGUUUCUAAAUCCUAGCAUCAUGAAUUGUCGUGUGAAAUGGGAGCAAGACAGUGACAUAUUUUAUUAAUGUUACAUUAACAUGGUGCUCUGAAGUUAUUGUUAUAAAGCAGACAUGAAUGGUUUGAUUCCAAAAUGAUAAAUCUGAUUAAAGAGAGAAUUGUUUUCUGGUCUUGAUCAUACUUAAAAUGCGUUGAAUUACAUUGCAUCAAAUGUCAGUUAAAAAAAGUGUUCAGUUUUCAGGUUUUUUUUCCUUCAAUCUUGCAGCUAUUUUUUUAAGAAGCACCAAAAAGUUUGUACUUGAUGUCUCAUUUUGGAAAGAAAACCAUUCAUAUAAUAAGUCAACAACAGUGUUGACAUGUCAUUUUUACCACACUCAGGAUUUACUAUUACAGUGCUUUUACACCAUAUUGAAACCUCAGUACAAAGCUAUUCAGGAACAUGUUGUCAGUCUACUCAGUAAUAAUUAUUGUGCUGUGUUUGUUGUGCAUUUCUGAUCUGUAUUUGACAUUACCAGUAUGCCUUGACACAAAGACCUCAAUGAAACCUGUUGCCCUCAGUUUCUUAAAAUCUCAUUCUACCUCAUAACACAAAGGACAGAUGAUCUCCAUCAAAGCAAAGCUCCACUCCCUCAGCAGCAGCUACACACACACACACACACACACACACACACACACACACACACACACACACACACACACACACACACACACACACACACACAACACACACACACACACACAGUGUAACACACAGCUGUAUAACACAGACAGGCAAAGGGUUUUAAGGCUUUUAUACACACAGAAGCAGACGGUACACUCCAGCAGAGGAUUGUACUACCAGUGUACAAAUAAAAGUGUCUUUUCUUAAUAAACAAAAAAACUGUAUUUGUUUAAAGCUGAAGUGAGACUCAGAUUGUUCUCCUGGGAAAUAAAAAUGCAGCCAAUAGUUUACAACAACUUGAUGAAAUACUUGCUUUUUAGUGUGUAGUUUCCUUAUGAAAUACUUUUUUUUUUUUCGUUUGUUUGUUUUGGGUCGCUUACCUCCUUUCUCAUUUUUACUACAUCAUGUAUUUUCUGAUUCUUACACUGUAAAUUGUAUUGUGUGACACUCUUAAUUCAUGUGAUUUUAAAGAAAGGGCAGCAAGUAACCACAGUGCUGAAAUACAUGACACAAAGGGAAAAACCACAAGAUAUCAUCCACAGUUCAUUUUUAUUAUAACUCGCCCAAUACAUUGAGUCAUUAAUUGAUGCUCAACGCUUAAUCAAUUGCAUUCUUUUUUGACCAAGAAAAAAAAAUUAAAGCUCCUGUGGGGGGAACUUUUCAAUUUUGUUUGAGUCUGGUGCCCCCUGUGGACAAAGUGAAACCUGUUCAUAAGAAAGUGAAAAAAAUCCAUUCUGCCCCUGUUCUGAUUUCUCCACCU